AUGCCUUCUUUAACCACUUUGGUUAUGGAUCAGUUCGUCACGGAAUGUGGGACACGAAACACCGGAGACCACGGGACCCGAUUUGAUUUUACCAUGUUCCAGCCUUCGUCAGGCGAUCAAACCCGGAAAACAACUUCAGCUUUCCAUUUAAUGAAGAUUAUGAUAAACGAAAAACACAGUGAUCUUUUGGUUCAUCCACUUUGUACCGCUUAUCUGACUAUGAAAUGGGAAACUUAUGGACGCUGGGAUGUUGGAAUUUACAAUGACGAUCCGGUGAUCAAGGAUUAG